AUGUCCCACCCCCAACACCUCGUCCACGCACAUUCCCUUCAAGACCCAGAAUCCUUCUGGUCUCACCAUACCGCCCAGCUGCACUGGCAUAAGCCACCCUCGCGCGCCCUGGUUCGGCAGCCCAAGACCCUCCCGUCCGGCGUCACCCACGAGCACUGGGCCUGGUUCCCGGACGGCGAGAUCUCCACCACGUACAACUGCGUCGACCGGCACGUGGCGGCGGGGCGGGGCGACCACGCCGCGAUCAUCUGGGAUUCAGCGGUGACAGGUGUGCAGGAGACGUAUACGUAUCGGCGGCUGUUGGAUGAAGUGGAGGUGUUGGCGGGGGUGUUGAGGGAGGAAGGGGUGCGGAAGGGGGAUGUGGUGAUUAUCUACAUGCCGAUGAUCCCCGCGGCGCUCAUCGCCGCGCUGGCCAUCACCCGCCUUGGAGCCAUCCACUCGGCUGUUUUUGGGGGUUUCGCGGCCAAGUCGCUGGCGCAGCGGAUAGAGGCGGCGCGGCCGCGGGUCGUCAUGACGGCGUCGUGUGGCAUUGAAGGGUCCAAGGGCCCCGUGGCGUACCGGCCGCUGGUCGAGGGGGCCAUUGCGGCGAGCAGCUUCAAGCCGUUCAAGACGCUGAUCUGGCAGCGCGAGCAGCUGCGCUGGGAUAACCCGGACAAGGUAAGCGGGCAGCGCAACUGGCAGCGGUUGGUCAAGAGUGCGCGUAUGCGCGGGGUGAGGGCCGGCCCGGUGCCGGUCAAGAGUACAGAUGGCUUGUAUAUCAUCUAUACCAGCGGCACAACCGGUUUACCGAAGGGAGUGUAUCGAGAAGCCGGCGGCCACGCCGUGGGCCUCCAUCUCUCCAUCAAGUAUCUCUUCGACAUCCACGGCCCCGGCGACGUCAUGUUCUGCGCCUCGGACAUUGGCUGGGUCGUAGGCCACUCCUAUAUACUGUACGGGCCGCUGCUCGUCGGCGCGACGACAGUGCUCUUCGAAGGCAAGCCCGUGGGGACGCCGGACGCGGGCACCUUCUGGCGCAUCGUCGAGCAGCACCGGGCGAAGGUGCUCUUCACAGCGCCGACGGCCAUGCGGGCGAUCCGCAAGGACGACCCGGAUGAUCAAUUUUUCCUGCAGGUCGCGCGGCGCGGCGGGCUGAAGCAUUUCAAGGCCCUGUUUCUCGCGGGCGAGAGGAGCGAGCCCAGCAUUGUGCAGGCAUAUCAGAAGUUGUUGACGCAGCAUGCGGCGCCGGGCGCCAUGGUGGUGGAUAACUGGUGGUCGUCGGAGUCCGGGUCUCCAAUUUCGGGGCUGGCGCUGCGCAGUGUGGCCGGGUUGGUGCAGCAGCAGCCGCAGCAGGACGGUCAGCAUACGAACCCCGCGCCCCUCCGCGUCCGCCCCGGGUCCGCCGGUCUACCCAUGCCAGGGUUCGACGUGCGCAUCGUCGACGAUGACGGAAAGGAAGUCCCGCGCGGGACGAUGGGGAACAUAGUGAUGGCGAUGCCGCUGGGGCCGACGGCGUUUACGAGCCUGUUCAACGACGAUGAGCGGUUCUACAAGGGGUACCUGAAGCGGUUUCACGGGCAGUGGAUGGAUACGGGCGAUGCGGGGAUGGUGGACGAUGAGGGAUAUGUGCAUAUUAUGUCGCGGUCGGACGAUAUCAUCAACGUGGCGGCGCACCGGUUCAGCACGGGUAACACCCCCACCCCUCCCCUUUCCCUCGCGCAUGGGUUGAGAAUGUUAUUCACAAUUGCUAUAACAGGCGCCAUUGAACAGGCUAUCCUCUCGCACCCGGACAUCGGCGAGGCCAGCGUGGUGGGCAUCCCCGACCCGCUCAAGGGCCACCUCCCGUUCGCGUUCAUCCAGCCGCGGGACGGAACCGGGGCGCUACCGGCGCGCCCCAGCGCGGAGCUCUUCGCGGCGGUCAACGCAGCGGUGCGGGAGCAGAUUGGGGCGAUCGCGUCGCUGGGGGGCAUGAUCCAGGGACGGGGGAUGAUUCCCAAGACACGCAGCGGCAAGACGCUGCGGCGGGUGCUGCGGGAGCUGGUGGAGCAGGGGGUGCGGGGGGAGUUUGCUGGGACGGUAAGCAUUCCGCCGACGGUGGAGGAUGCGGAGGUGGUGGAGGUGGCGCGGGCGCGGGUGAGGGAAUAUUUCAUUUUCAGCCAUAAGGCGAAGCUGUAG